AGGAGAGCCGGUAAUCGGCAUCCCUCAGAGGGGACAUGUACACAGAUCAUCAGAGCACUGAUGAUCAGUGUGCCCUGAUGAUCUGUGUAGCCCCAGCAGUGCCGCCUGUCAGUGUCCAUCAGUGCCAGCUGUCAGUGCUCAUCCAUGCCACCUGCCAGUGCCCAUCAGUGCCACAUUUCAGUGCCUACCAGUGCACAUCAAUGCCACAUAUCAGUGCUCAUCUGAGCUGCCUUUCAGUGUCACCCAUCAGUGCCAGUCAGUGCCACCUAUCAGUGCCAGUCAGUGCCACCUAUCAAUGCCAGUCAGUGCCACCUAUCAGUGCCAUGCCAGUCAGUGCCGCCUAUCAGUGCCACCUAUCAGUGCCAGUUAGUGCCACCUAUCAGUGUGCAUCAAUGCCGCCUAUCAGUGCCCGUCAGUGCUGCCUAUCUGUGCCGCCUAACAGUGCCUGUCAGUGCCGCCUAUCAGUGCCAUAUAUGAGUGCUGCCUUUCAGUGAUGCCUGUCAAUGCCCAUCAGUGCCACCUACCAGUGCCUCAUCAGUGCCCAUCAGUGCCACCUAUCAGUGCCCAUCACUACAGCCUCAUUAGCGCACAUCAGUGAAG